UAGUCACCCAGGUGCAGAGCAAGCUUGAAAGAGACAGCGGAAGGACUUUCCCGGACUGCACUGUCGCUCAGCUGGCCGCACCAAUCACCAUGCAGCUUGCCCUCGGACCCUCCUCUUUGAGGGCGUGUCCCUGGUGAGUGAUUGACGGAGCCGCCCGGCCCAGCUCAGGCCAGCCCACGUUGCUGCUUAGAUUGAAAUGCAGAACUCUAGCCUCUUUCAUCGGGGCACAGACUUCCUUUUACUCCUUCCUUUUGCACUCUCGCCGCCUCCUCCCGGGAAGAAGCGGAGGCACCGGCGGCCCGGGGCAGCGACGAGCCGGGCCACUGAGGCUGUGCGAAAAGUUACUUUUUGGGAGUGCGGAACUGGGGCCCCGUUGGUGUACUGCUCGGAGCAAUGGAGCCAGCCUUUGGGGAGGUGAACCAGCUGGGAGGAGUAUUCGUGAACGGGAGGCCGCUGCCCAACGCCAUCCGGCUUCGUAUCGUGGAACUGGCCCAACUGGGCAUCAGACCGUGUGACAUCAGCCGCCAGCUACGGGUCUCGCACGGCUGCGUCAGCAAGAUUCUGGCGCGCUACAACGAGACAGGUUCGAUCUUGCCAGGAGCCAUUGGGGGCAGCAAACCCCGAGUUACCACCCCCACCGUGGUGAAACACAUCCGGACCUACAAGCAAAGGGACCCUGGCAUCUUUGCCUGGGAAAUCCGGGACCGCCUGCUGGCGGACGGCGUGUGCGACAAGUACAACGUGCCCUCGGUGAGCUCCAUCAGCCGCAUCCUGCGCAACAAGAUCGGCAACUUGGCUCAACAGGGUCAUUACGACUCCUACAAGCAGCACCAGCCGGCGCCGCAGCCGGCUCUGCCCUAUAACCACAUCUACUCGUACCCCAGCCCCAUCACGGCGGCCGCAGCUAAGGUGCCCACGCCGCCCGGGGUGCCAGCCAUCCCCGGCUCGGUGGCCAUGCCCCGUACCUGGCCCUCCUCCCAUUCCGUCACCGAUAUCCUGGGCAUUCGCUCCAUCACCGACCAAGGAGUGAGCGACAGCUCCCCCUACCACAGCCCCAAGGUGGAGGAGUGGAGCAGCCUGGGCCGUAACAACUUCGCCGCCGCCGCCCCCCACGCGGUGAACGGGCUGGAGAAGGGAGCUCUGGAGCAGGAAGCCAAGUACGGUCAGGCACCAAAUGGUCUACCAGCUGUAAGCAGUUUUGUGUCAGCGUCCAGCAUGGCUCCUUAUCCGACCCCGGCCCAAGUGUCGCCUUACAUGACCUACAGCGCCGCUCCUUCCGGUUAUGUGGCUGGACAUGGGUGGCAACAUGCCAGCGGCACCCCACUUUCCCCCCACAACUGUGACAUUCCCGCAUCGCUGGCGUUCAAGGGAAUGCAGGCAGCCAGAGAAGGUAGUCACUCUGUCACGGCUUCUGCACUCUGAUGGGAAAUUCUGUCCGCGGCAGCUUCACCCGUGUCUCCCCUCAGCACACCCUCCCCCUCUCCCCUGGUCUCGGAUCCCACCCCUCCCGCCCCCAAAGCUGGCUUUAAGGACUCACAUCCUUUGUGCCCAUGACACUUAAAUAUUUCUUGCCAUAACUUCUCUCUUGCAGAAAACCUGACAUGACUUUAGGAUUUGAAAACAAAAGCAAUCUUAAGGAUUGAAUGAGACAUUUGUGUUGCCCACACACUGUUUUAACGUAGCAAAGAAACCUGCACCCCUCAAAGGGCUUAAGGAACUUUUAAAACUAGUCUUUGGUAAAACCACAUGUGUAUAUUUAUUCUAAAUCAACCUGAACUUUUGAAACGUGCAAUUGUUGAGAUUUUGCAAAAUCAAUAAAGGAAAACACAUACAGAAAAAAGUUACGCUGCACCCUCUGAUCAAAUAAGGUGACCAAGUAAGUUUAAAUUCAUCAUUAGGAAACUAAUCAAUAAUUGACUUGAGUGAUGCUUUGUUUAUUUUUAAGAGAUAACCUAUUUUGUUGGAAAAUAUGUAUAACAAGCCGUAUCUGAAUUUAGCUCCUCCUGAUGUUUUUACUCGGUUCCAAAUACAAUGAUGUUUAUAUUUUCUAUUAGUUUGUAAAUACGGA